AAAGGGCACUCAAAGAGAAGCACUCUCUUCUGCUUCAAGCUGCAAUCCUGAAAGUGCCUGAGUGGAGAAUCAGGGCCACAAAGUCAGCCAGAAUGUCAGAGAGCCAAAGGAAAAGGCGUGUUGGAAUAGUGGGCUACGGACAUCUAGGACAGUACCUGGUGAAGCGGCUCCAAGAUGACGGCUUUCAACAUGGCUUGGAGCUGGCCUUUGUUUGGAAUCGAGAUGCCAGGAAGUUGGAGGGAAAUGUGCCAGUGGAGCUGCGUUUGGAGAAGCUGGCAGACUUCUUGGCCUGCCGUCCUGACAUCAUUGUUGAAGUGGCACACCCUUGCAUUGCUCGAGAAUAUGGGGUAUCCUUUCUCAGAACUGCAGAUUUCAUGGUGGGUUCACCAACAGCCUUAGCCGAUUCAGGCACUGAGCUCAAACUGCGUGAAGCUGCAAGAAAGGCAGGACACACACUCUAUAUUCCCAGCGGGGCUCUCUGGGGUGGCCAAGACAUCCAGCGACUGGACGAUGGAGGGAUGCUUCAGGCAUUAACAGUCACCAUGGUGAAACACCCUGACAGUUUUCGGCUUGGCGGGCACCUUGGGGAGCUGCUGCAAGGGGCCCGAAAGGAGCGGGUGGUGCUGUAUAAUGGCCCUGUGCGCCAACUGUGUCCACUGGCCCCCAACAAUGUCAACACCAUGGCAGCAGCUUGUAUGGCUGCCUCCAGCCUGGGUUUUGAUGGUGUGAAAGGCUGCCUCGUAGCUGACGCCAACCUCCCUGACUACCAUGUGGUGGAGGUUGAAGCAACUGGGCCAGGAGGCUUCUCAGUCAACACCAGGCGCAAGAAUCCAGCUGCUUCUGGGGCUGUCACCGGAGCUGCCACUUUUGCUGCUUUCUGGAGCAGCCUGUUGGUAUGUCAAGGCCAUGGAGGGCGAGUCUAUCUCUGCUGAACCUGAAUGUUCACAAGAAAACAAGCUGAAAAUAACUGCUCCAGAGGUUCAAGCAAGGAAGGGAGUGGAUGACAAGAAGAGCUGAUUGUAGGUGGCAUGUCUACAAUCUCCCUUCCUUCUGUACCUUAGUGCAUGUUUUAGUCCAUCAAUAAUACACAGAAUUAUCUACAAAU